ACGCGCCCCCUGCCUGUUGGAAGGUGAGCGCGCGCGCGAGGGGAGAGAGACGGAGCGGAGCGCGAGGGUUUGAGACCGACUGGACCGAUCCGGUUUUUUUGUUUUUAAACCGAUAAAAAGUGCAGUAAAAGCGGAGUUUGGGCUCCAGUGUGAGGAGAAGACGCUUCCGGGAGCCGCUUACAUCGAAAACAAGUCAGAAAUUCGACGCUGUUGAAGCGGGAUAGAGCCUGUGUGGAGUUUAAAUCCGUGAGGUCUUUCUCACCUGACGCUGCAUUCUGAUGUGAAUAAAGGAAACAUGGAGUGACAUUCUGCAGGUUAGCUAACGGAUUAGCUGUUGCUUCAGAGGACGUGUGCAGUGCACGGGGUUGUGUUUUUAAAAAUCCUCCCAGCCCACCUAAAAAUUAAACAUGGCUGACCCCGGCAUGAUGAGUCUCUUCGGAGAUGAUGGGAAUUUAUUCUCGGACGGUCUGGAAGGCUUAGGGGAUUGUGGGUAUGCCUCCCAAGGCCAAGCCAAUUCGAUAAACCAGCAGAUGACGCAUGAGCACCAAGCUUACAGCCAGAUGCCGUCUUCCCUCCACCUUUCCACACCACCUGUUCCCCCUCAGCCCAAAAUGGGACACCACUUUGACCACUUUGGGCAGUAUGACCCUCAAGGAAGCCGCAUGAUGGCUAACGGUCCCGGCCCUGGCCCCGCGAAUGGGAUCUCAUCUCCUCAUUCUCAUUACCAUGGCGGAAAUGGCACAGCUGGUGGACAUCACGUCUAUCCAGGAGCACAAAGCGAUGGGAGAGGAGGAGGACCAGGAGCAGGACAGUCAUUCCAGGAUGGUGGAACUGCACCCGGGAAUAACUGGGGUCCUCAAGGUAUGCAGAGGCCUGACCAAAAUCGAGCCCAGUUUCCACAGUCGCAACAGCAGCAAAUUCACGGUCAUCAAAUGGGUCCUUACAUGGGACGCACCGAAUUUGGUGGAAUGCAAGGGCACAACCAGACUCAGACUCCACCAAGGAUGAACCACUUCCCUCAAGGUUUGCCUCAGGAGGCAAACCGUUUCAUGGGACACAUGGGAGGUAACAUGACGUCUCCGGCCAUGCGGCAUCCCUCUCAGACGUCACAGCAUCAGCAGUCUGGUCAGCAGUUUCUGCACCAUCACCCAGAGUCACAGUUCCCCCAAAGUCCAUCAAAGCAGCAGAUGAUUGGACGAGGUCACCAGAACAUGGGCUUUAGCAUGAACAACCAGCAAGUUGUUAACAGCUCAGGUCAAUACACUCCUUAUCCUCAAUAUGGCGGCCUGAAUCAGGGAUUGGCCAAUGCUUCAGGGAUGAGCCUCAACACCAGCAGCAACCCCAAUGCUCCUGUGCAGUGUUACCCCACCCCUGCUGGGCCACAGUGUUACCCAGUCAACCCGUUCCCCCCUCAGAAUAUGCAUCCGACACAGCCCAAAAUGCCCCCGCAGCAGCAGCACCUCGCUCCUCCACCACCUCCUCAGGGAUCUUUUGCUUCUCCACCUUCAAUGUCGCCCAUGAGGAACCUGGGGGGCAACCCUGCUGGGACUCCGCCCCCUCAAAGGGGCCAGGGCCCAGUCUCACACCCCCAGAUGUAUGGCACCUUGUCGCCCAAUCAGAGAGCGAUGAACACACCCAACCAUGCAGAGGUUCUCCCACAGCAGCUGCAGGCAUCUGUGAUACCGUUCCAGCAGGUGCAACAGGUGAGAACUCCACCUGCGCUUUCGGUGCCCCAGCAGCCUCCAGGCUCAUCUCCACCGCUGCCGCAAGGGACCUGGGCCUCCAACACGCACGCAUCACCACCAGCUAACCACCAAGUGCCUCACAUGCAGCAUUCUCCAUCAGAUGUUUCCCAAGCUCUGUCCUCCAUCCACAAGUUGACCCCAAGCUCCAUCCUGCAGCCCAGCAGCUGUGAGACUCAGCCACCUGACACAGAGUCCAAGCCCAAGAAGAAGAAAAAGAAGAAGAAAGUGAAGGCAGGAGAGGAGACUGCAGGGGAGAAGGACGAGGAUGCUGGCGUGGGUAUGGGUGGAGCAUUAGGAGGCACUGGAGGUGAUGGUGUGACCUCUCUGCCUGAGAAGAAGAGCAAAAAAAAACCAAAGGAGAAAGAUGCCAAGGAGGCAAAAGAACCCAAGACCCCCAAAACGCCCAAAGAACCCAAGGAGGUGAAGGAGAAGAAAGUCAAGACGACCAAACCCAAGAGCACCAAGAAGCCUAGCAGCAAGAAGUCUGACACUGAGAACAGCACUAAGAAGGAGGGGAAGAGGAAGAGGGAAUCGUCCAUCACUUCAGAUACGGAGAAAACUCCACCCCAUUCUCCAGAGGAGGAGGAUGACGACGGGGUCCAGAAGCGGCGCUCGAGUCGACAAGUGAAGAGAAAACGCUACACUGAAGAUCUGGAGUUCAGGAUCUCUGAUGAGGAGGAUGAUGAAGAUUCUGCAGGACCCAAAUCUCCGUCUACCACAUCUGAACAAACUGAGGUGCCUGAUGCUGAUGGUCCCGUGGUGGAGAAGAUCAUGGGACUGCGUAAAGUGAAGAAGCAGCUGGAGUUGGGACAGGAAGUGGAGAUCGAGGAAUUUUAUGUCAAGUUCAAGAGUUUCUCGUACCUGCACUGUCGCUGGGCUGAUCUAGAGGAACUGGAGAAGGACAAGAGAAUCCACCAGAAAGUGAAGCGCUUUAAGGCCAAACAGGCGCAUAACAACUUCCUCACCGAGAUGGAUGAUGAGCCGUUUAACCCGGAUUAUGUGGAGGUGGACAGAGUUCUGGAUGUUUCUGAGAGCACAGAUGAAAAUGGAGAGCCGGUGAGUCUGUACCUGGUGAAGUGGUGUUCCCUGCCGUAUGAGGACAGCACGUGGGAGCUGAAGGCCGACAUAGACGCAGGGAAGAUUGAAGAGUUCGAGCGAGUGAUGAGUCGAGAGCCGCAGCUGAAUCGUGUGGAGCGACCUCCGGCUAGCGACUGGCAGAAAUCCGAGAGUUCCCGGGAAUAUAAAAACAGCAAUGCGCUCAGGGAAUACCAGCUGGAAGGAGUCAACUGGCUCCUGUUCAACUGGUACAACACACGCAACUGUAUCCUGGCGGAUGAGAUGGGUUUGGGGAAGACUGUGCAGUCCAUCACAUUCCUGUAUGAGAUCUACCUGAAGGGGAUCCAUGGGCCGUUCCUGGUCAUCGCUCCUCUCUCCACCAUUCCCAACUGGGAGCGGGAGUUCCGGACAUGGACUGAGCUCAACGUGGUGGUGUAUCACGGCAGUCAGGCCAGUCGCAGAACCAUCCAGGCCUACGAGAUGAACUACAGAGACACUCAGGGUCGUGUGAUAAAGGGGGCCUAUAAAUUCCACGCAAUCAUCACGACGUUUGAGAUGAUCUUGACAGACUGUCCGGAGCUGCGUGGCGUUCCAUGGCGCUGUGUGAUCAUCGAUGAGGCUCACAGGCUGAAGAACAGGAACUGUAAACUGCUCGAGGGACUCAAGCUCAUGGACAUGGAACACAAGGUUCUCCUGACAGGAACCCCACUACAGAACACAGUGGAGGAACUCUUCAGCCUCCUGAACUUCCUGGAGCCGGAGCGCUUUCCCUCAGAGUCCACCUUCAUGCAGGAGUUUGGAGACCUCAAAACUGAAGAACAGGUUCAGAAGCUGCAGGGAAUCCUCAAACCCAUGAUGCUGCGGAGACUGAAAGAAGAUGUGGAGAAAAACCUGGCACCAAAAGAGGAGACCAUCAUCGAGGUGGAGCUCACCAACAUCCAGAAGAAAUACUACAGAGCCAUCCUGGAGAAGAACUUCACCUUCCUGUCCAAGAGUGGAGGAGGAGGAGGAUCGAGUGUCCCCAACCUCCUGAACACCAUGAUGGAGCUGCGCAAGUGCUGUAACCACAUCCCUCACCUCAUCAACGGAGCGGAGGAGAAGAUCAUGGAGGAGUUUAGGGAGAGCCACCCGGCCGAUCUGCCGGAUUUUCACCUGCAGGCGAUGAUUCAGCAGCGGGGGAAGCUGGUGCUCAUCGAUAAGCUCCUCCCUAAACUGAAGGCUGGCGGUCACCGCGUGCUCAUCUUCCAGAUGGUGCGCUGCCUCGACAUCCUGGAGGAUUACCUCAUCCAGAGACGGUAUCCGUAUGAGCGUAUUGAUGGCAGAGUGAGAGGGAACCUGCGCCAGGCUGCUAUCGACCGUUUUUCGUCCGACUCGGACCGCUUCGUCUUUCUACUGUGUACUCGGGCCGGAGGGCUGGGAAUCAACCUGACCGCCGCCGACACCUGCAUCAUUUUCGACUCAGACUGGAAUCCACAAAAUGACCUGCAGGCCCAGGCUCGAUGCCACCGGAUCGGUCAGAGUAAAGCGGUGAAGAUUUACCGCCUGAUCACCAGGAACUCGUAUGAGAGAGAGAUGUUUGACAAGGCCAGUCUGAAACUGGGUCUGGAUAAAGCUGUGCUGCAGUCUAUGAGUGGAAGAGAGAACACUGCUAACGGGGUCCAGCAGCUGUCCAAGAAGGAGAUUGAGGAUCUGCUGCGUAAGGGAGCAUACGGCGCUCUGAUGGACGAGGAGGACGAGGGCUCCAAAUUCUGUGAAGAGGACAUCGAUCAGAUCUUACAGAGACGCACUCAGACCAUCACCAUCGAGUCUGAGGGCAAGGGCUCCACCUUCGCCAAGGCGAGUUUCGUGUCGUCGGGGAACAGGACUGAUAUUUCACUGGAGGAUCCAGAUUUCUGGCAGAAGUGGGCCAAGAAAGCUGAGCUGGACCUGGAUGUCCUUAAUGGCAGGAAUACUCUGGUGAUCGACACGCCACGGGUGAGGAAACAGACCCGGCACUACAGCUCCAUAAAAGAAGAUGAGAUGAUGGAGUACUCUGAGCUGGAGAGCGACUCUGAGGAGAAACCGGUUCAGAAAGCUCGCCGGCCGCAGGACCGGGCUCAGGGCUACCCCCGCAGCGAGUGUUUCAGGGUGGAGAAGAACCUCCUGGUUUAUGGCUGGGGACGGUGGAAGGACAUCCUUUCUCACGGGCGGUUUAAGCGUCCGCUACAUGAGCGGGAUGUGGAGAUGAUCUGCAGAGCGCUGCUGGCCUACUGCCUUCUUCACUACAGAGGAGACGAGAACAUCAAGAGCUUCAUCUGGGACCUGAUCACUCCGACUGAGGACGGACAGAGCAAAACACUAACUAACCACUCAGGUCUGUCUGCUCCUGUACCACGAGGUCGUAAAGGGAAGAAGGGGAAAUUACCAGCGGCUCAGAUGAACAUGCCUCAGGCUGAUUGGCUGGCUGAGUGUAAUCCAGAUGUGCUGCUGCAGGAGGACAGCUACAAACGCCACCUCAAACAUCACUGCAACAAAGUGUUGCUGCGGGUGCGAAUGCUCUACUAUCUGAGACAGGAAGUGAUCGGGGGCCUGGCAGACCGGAUCCUGGAUGGCGCUGAUUCCAGUGAGCUGGAUAUCUGGAUCCCACAGCCGCUCCAUGCUGAAGUCCCCACUGAUUGGUGGGAUGUGGAGGCUGAUAAAUCUCUCCUCGUCGGUGUGUUUAAACACGGUUAUGAGAAGUAUAACUCGAUGCGAGCCGACCCGGCGCUGUGUUUUUUGGAGCGAGUGGGAAUGCCGGAUGCCAAAGCCAUCGCCGCUGAGCAGAGGGGAGCGGACAUGGUGGCAGAUGGUGAGGAUGAAGACCCGGAGUAUAGACCACUGCGUAUGCCCUUCAAAGAUGAUCUGGAUGAUUUCACCAACUCUCCUCUGGACGAUAAAGAGGAGAUGAUGGAUGUCGAGAGUGGUGAAGCCCCGAAGGCGAGUGAGAACGGGGGUAAAAGCGGGACUCUGUAUUGGCCCACGGCUUCGGCUCUCACCGCACGCCUGCGUCGCCUCAUUACUGCGUACCAGCGCUGCCACAAGAGACAGGAGAUGCUGAUUAAACCAGAUGGACGUAGACGCCGACGUCACCGUGAUGACCACCUCCUCACUAUGGCAACGGAGAGUGGGGCGUACAGUCUGGAGCCCACUAGAGUAGCUGCCACAGCGUAUCUAUCUGAAGGAGCUUCGUUUGUUAAAACCUCAGCGUUCCUGCAUGACAGCACCGCCCUGUUGGCCGACGGAGCUGCUUUCUUCAAAGAGAGACGUCAGAGAUGGACGAGACGUGAAGAGGCUGACUUUUACCGUGUGGUUUCCACAUUCGGGGUGGUUUAUGACGUCCAGAGGAAGCGUUUUGACUGGGCGCAGUUCCGGGCCUUCGCUCGUCUUGAUAAGAAGACUGACGAGAGUCUAGAGAAAUAUUACUACGCCUUUGUGGCCAUGUGCAAGCGGGUGUGUCGAAUGCAGGUCAAAGACUCUGAGCUGGCUGACCCGACGCUGAUCAUCGACCCGAUCACAGAGGAGCGAGCCUCCCGGACUCUGUACCGUAUCGAGUUACUGCGGCGGAUUAGAGAGCAGGUUCUGCCCCACCCCGAGCUGGAGGAGAGACUCCGCCUGUGUCAGCCUAGUCCUGACCUCCCGGCCUGGUGGGAGGCGGGAAAACACGACCGGCACCUUCUCCAUGGAGCCGCCAAGCAUGGAGUGAGUCGUACGGACUACCACAUACAGAACGACCCUGAGCUCGGCUACCUGCAGGCGCAGCGCAAGUUCAUCCAAAGCCGAGGAGCCGAGACGGCCCUGACCUCCAACCCUCUUGCCAGCGUGGAGCUGAUUAAAGACGAGGAGCUGAAGGAUGAGCUCAAAUACGACACUGCAGAGAAGGUGGACCUCGAGGAAGUGGAGGAGAAAACUGAGGCUGUCUCACCCAAGCAGGAAGAGGAGAAGAUGGAGACAGAAAACGGAGCAGAAGUGAAGAGCGAAGAAAGUCGGAACAUUCCUCAAGUGAUUAAAGAGAAGGUCACGGAGUCUGAGGACAUGCCUACACUUCCUGUUCCUGUUGGCAAAGACUCAAACAAAGAGGAGCAGGAGAACCUGAUGGGUACAGAGAACCACAAACCCAACACGGAGAAGAAUUCGGAGGAGGAGGAGGAGAAGAUGGAUGAAGACGACAAAUCAGAGAAAUCCUCACAGGCUGAAGCCGGCACAUCCUCAGACAGGAAGAACUUUGAUGAGGAGAGUAACGCCUCCAUGAGCACAGCACGAGAUGAGACAAGGGAUUAUUUCGGCAUGGACGAUGUCGAGCCCUCCGUGUCUCAGGUGUUUGGUGAACGAUCUGCGUUCUCCUUCUGGCCAAAGGACCGGGUGAUGAUCAAUCGGCUGGACAACAUCUGCGAAGCGAUCAUCAAGGGCAAGUGGCCAUCCAAUAGGAGGCAGUUCUUUGACUUGCCUGGCCUGUUGCCUGGAUAUGGUGCCAUGGCAACGGACAGCCCUAUGCCCAGGAGGAGCAUUGGAGACUUCACUGUGAUGAAUCAGAGCAGCUACAGCGGGAGUGAUGACAUCACCAUGUCACCACAGGUCAAUAAGGAUGAAGCACUGAGUCUGUCUGUCCCACGUCAGCGGAGACGCAGAAGGAGGAAAGUGGAGAUCGAGGCUGAGCGAGCUGCUAAGCGGCGUAACCUGAUGGAGAUGGUUGCACAGCUCAGAGAGUCUCACGCCACAGAGGGUCAGACUCGAGCUGUGGAUCUUACGAAAGCUCUACAUGGCCUGGCUCCUUCCUCCUCUUCAGUGUUCCCUGGCGCCGGGGCUUCGCCGAUGGAACUGCUGCAUGCUGCUGGAGCCUCUAGAGCCAAUGGAGCCAUGCUGGAGGCUGAAAUUCCCACACGGAGGAGGAGAGGACGCCGGAAAAAUGUCGAGGGCCUCGAGCUGCUCUUCAUGAGCAAUAAGAGUUCGCAGCUCAACACGGAAGAUUCAAACGGGACCAAAGGUUUUGCGGACGGGGCACAUGUGUCAGCACGGGCACCGAGACACGUUCCGGCUCCUGCACAGAAAGAGGGCGGCGACCAUCUUAAAGGAGAGGAUGGCGCGAGCACUAAAGACCUACAGGAGUGGCUUAGACAGCAUCCCACCUACACCAUGGAUGUGCCUGGAUACAUACCAAAGAGUGAGGAGCUUCUCCUCUCACAGCUGGGUAAACCGAAGCAGAAGAGACAUCGGUGUCGAAACCCAAACAAGAUCGACAUCAACACACUGACCGGAGAGGAGAGAGUGCCUGUGGUCAAUAAGAGGAACGGCCGAAAGAUGGGGGGUGCUAUGGCUCCUCCGAUGAAGGAUCUGCCACGGUGGCUGGCUGAGAAUCCAGAGUUCGCCAUCGCUCCAGACUGGACAGACAUUGUCAAACAAUCUGGUUUCCUGCCCGAGUCCAUGUUUGAUCGUCUCCUGACCGGUCCGGUGGUUAGAGAAGAGGGGGUCCGGCGCCGAGGACGAAGACCUAAAUCCGAGAUUGCGAAAGCAGCAGCGGCUCAAGCUUCUCUGUCUGCAGCUUCAGCCUCUACCUCGGGCGUGAACCCCUUCCUGCUGAACGGCCUGUUUGGGGGAAUGGACCUAAACAGCCUGCAGAACCUACAGAAUCUUCAGAACCUGCAGCUCCUCAUGGGCUUGUCUCCUUCUCUGGGUGCAGGAGCUGCAGAUAACAAGACUGCCACCACAAUGUUGCCUCUCAUGCUGCCUGCCAUGGGUGCCCUGCCCAAUGUCUUUGGCCUUGGGGGGCUUUUUGGGGGCAGCAUGGCAGCUGCUGCUAACUUGAACGCAAACACCACAGCCACCUCAGAGUCUGAGGAGACAAAGAAAGAUGGAGAAUCCAAGGAGGAAGGUGAGGAGAAGGAGGAAGGUGAGAAAUCUGCCGAGACCGAGUUAAGCGAUGCAAAUGCGGCUGCUGCAGCAGCCAAUCUUUCUGCCAACCCUCUAGCGUUUAACCCAUUCCUGCUCUCAACUAUGGCUCCUGGAAUUUUCUACCCCUCCAUGUUCCUGCCCCCUGGCUUGGGUGGUUUGGGGCUGCCUGGCUUUUCUCCAGCGGCUCUCACUGAGCUCCAGAACGCAAUGAGCGGUGCUUUAGGAGUCACCGGAGAGGAGAAGGAGGUAAACAAGGAGACUGUACAGAACCAGGAGGCAGUGAAACCCAGCAGCACUCUGGAGAACAGCGACUCUGAGGAGGGCGAGAAUAAACCGGAGGAUCAGACCGGAGCGGAUGAGGAACUGGACUCCGUGGAGGCAGGAGAGGAAGAAGAGGAUGACGACGAUGAGGAGGACGGUGGAGAAGAUGAGGACAAGAGUGACUGAAAAGACAAAUCCACCUGACUGACUUUCUGCCUUUUACCCCUGAGGGCUUUUAAAAAAAAAAAACUCUACUGAUGUCCCGGAAUUAUUUUUUUAUUUUUUUUAAAUGUGAUUUUUGAUUUAGUUUUGUUGACGGGUAAACAAUACCAUGAUGAGGGAACACAGUGACAGUGAUGUCUCUGCAGGACUCCAGUGUAGUACACGCGCACGCACAGGCUGUAAAGGGCCGUUCUGGAUGCGAAGGGGGUUUGGGUUUUCACCGGUCAUGAUGUGCUUUAUAGAGGAGGCGAUGACUGAAACAUCCUGAAUCCUGUUGGGAAUGAGAAGGUUCCGAUAGUGCUGUGCUGCUGCUUUCUGUUAAAUUUAUUAUUUUUUCUCUCUCUACUGUUGAUCUUGUAAAAGGUGAGUAGCAUCUCAAUGAGGAACGUUCAGUGACGUACAGUUUUAAACAGCAUUAAGACAAGCGACUCUCCAAGCUGCUGAAAACAGAAUUGAAAAGUGAAUGAAAUUUUGUUCUUGUCGUACUGUUCUGCUGAGGGAUGAAGUUCUCACAUAUCAAAGCGUACACUCAGACUGUUCAAGUCUCUCACACUGACAAUCUAUACGGGUGAGGAGACGCUCGGCCUGUGGAGACAGCAAUAACUGAAGGCAGCUCCUGAAUGUUCCACUUUACCACAGUGUGUGAGG